AUGCCUGAGCUCACUCAGUGGAUCGCUAGAGAGCUCACCAAGAAAUAUGCUGUCAUGAAGGAGCGUCGGAAGGCGCGCGAGGAGCAUGCCCUGUCGCGCCCAAAGAAGAAGGGCAAGGAUCAGGAGCAGGGGCUUGCUAGGAGCUCGCAUGCGAUAGACUGGGCCUCGGACGGCACGGCGUGUUUCAACGAACUGUUUGGCUUCAGCACCCCGUCGUCUUCGGGAGCCCUCGGCGCGCUCUUCGCUGUGCCGGGCUUUUACUCGGAUGAGGGCUCCACCCAGCGGCCGUAUGUCAAGAGCAAGGCGACGAAGGAUGGCGAGGCGUCGCGGGGCUGCCGGUGUUUGGAGUCUCUUGGCUUUUCUGUGCACGAGCUGAGCACCGCGAGUCGUGACGUCUCGUUUGUGGGGUUAAAUUUUAGCGAGGGGUCCAAGGUAUCCGUCAAGUCGGACAACAUGCGGCGGUCACUGCUAAGACGGGGGGCGUGUAGCGGGUCGGCGCUCCGGGUCGCGAUGGGUCAGGUGCUCUCGCUGUUCAGUGCGUCUUACCAGUUUAUGCCAGCUGUUGGCGAGCGUCCGCAGAGGAUCUGGCCGCGUGUGCGCCGGGAGUUGUGGGCCUUCCGCUCUACCCUGCCUCUCCUCUUCACUGAGAUCGACAUCCCACGGCAUGGCGCCAUCGCAGCAGCAGGCGCCCCCCUCUUCGGCAUCGGGGCGCGCGCUCGCGCUGCGUCGCCGCACAAGGCUGGCGAGGUGAGCAGAUAUGCGGGGCGCUGGGGAUGCCAGGUGGCCGGGGCUCCGCGCGACGCCGCGCCGAUCGAGGGCAUCGAGGAUCUCCAGAAGUUUCUAGAGGCAUCGGGUGCCCUGUCCGAGGAGGUGCCAGAGGACGUGCUGCAGGGCCCCUGGGUUGCUGCGCUCGCCUCAAAGGUUCUUGUGGAUGCCCAUAUACUGGAGCUCGAGGGGGCGGCCCUGAUGAUGGCCGCCGAGCAUGUCCUGAGGCAAGCGCCCUCGCUGGCGGGCGAAGCCGGACUCGCGGGCAGGCGCGCUGGCAGCCCAAGCCUGCUGGAGAGCCUGGCUGCGACGCCGGGCACGGAGCUGCUGCGCGCAGGCGCGGCGACGCUGUUCCUGCAGCACUGCCCAGGCAUGGGCGCGGACAGGCAGGGCGCCAACGAGCUGGACACCCUGCUGGACGGCUCGAAGCUCAUGGCAGGUUUGUCACAUCUCAUCCCGGAGCUGCACAAGAUGGCGACGGGGGAGCUUCUGCGGGCCAGCCGCUGCCUGGUCGCCUGGCGCCGGAGGAUCCCUCCGCGCACGCGGCUGCCGCUGCCCCGCGCGGCGGCGUUCGCUCUGGCCAGGUGUCUCCGCGACCUGGGUUUCCCUCGCAUGUGUCUCUUGGUGGUGGUCACGUUUGUGGCGUACCUCAGGCCCCGCGAGGCGUUCUUGCUGCGCGGGAAGCACCUGGUCGCCCCGAAGGUCGUCGCGGGCCGGCAGUGCAGCUCGCGGAGCCUGCUGCUCCACGACGCGACGCUGGGCGACCCCGGCAAGACGGGGAUGUUCGACGCCGCGGCGCUGCUGGACAGGCGCGAGUGGCUGCUGCCGUGCCUCGAGGCGCUGAAGGCCCUGUCGCUCGACGCCGGCUGCCUGUGGGACUUCUCGCCGGCCGAGCUGCAGAGACAUUUCGCCGUGCUGGUGAAGGUCCUCGGCCUGGAGUCGCUGCCCCCGCGCCUGCACUCGCUGCGCCGCGGCUUCGCGAGCGACGACCUCGCCGCUGCCGCCCGGACUCUGGAGGAGUUGAGGGUGAGAGGACGCUGGGCCGCCAUCGCGAGCCUCAAGGGGCAGGGCAAGACGGCGCGCCUGCUGCUCGAGAUGGCGAAGGUGCCCGAGGACGCGCGCGUGCUCGGCCGCGCGUUGGAGGCGAACCUCAUGAGCGCGAUGGCCGAGGGCUUCGAGAGCCCGCUGUCGCCGGCCGUCGAGCAGCUACUGCUGGCGGUGGGGAGGGCGAGCAGUGCCCUCCAGGCCGAGCAGGCCCUUCGCGCCCUGAGGGAGGGCGGGAGGCUGAACGGGCGGGCGCACGGUGGAGGCCAGGCAGGCCUCGCCCGGACACUGACAAGCGCCGGCCUCGGGCUCCGAAUCCCAGCGGGGCAUGUUCCUGCGGAAAGGGCGGGUGGGGAGGGGCUGCCGGCGGCAUCCCAGCAGAGGAAGACGGAGGUCCAGGAUGAGGGCCAUCAAGAGUCCCACAGCGAGGCAGAGAAGCACUCGGAUGCGGAUGAGGAUACGGGCGUGGUCGAGACAGCGGACACCAUGGAGGACAGAAGGGAAGAAGACGAGGACGAUGACGACGACGACUGGCUCGAAGGAGGCGGAGAAGAAGACGAAGGAGGCGGAGAAGAAGAGGAGGAUGAGGUGCAAGACCACUUAGACGAAGCGGAAGAGCACGCCGCGAGCGAAGCUGCCGAGAAAUUACACGUGGGCGCCGAGUCAGGUAUGCAAAGUGAGCGGCCUACGCAGGAGGGCGAAGCUGCCUCGGACGUCGGCGCUGAGGCGCCCCGCGCGACGACCAGGCAGGCCUCGGCUGCCAAGGAGCAGCCCCGGCGGCAGGACCCCGCGGACUGGUGGCCGCCGCUGCCUGCCGCCUCGGCGGGCGCGGCCUCCUCUGGCCGCCGCUGGGCGCCCGCGCUGCGAGGAGACGCCGCGGAGGGGCCCGCCGGGAGCUAUUCGGACCUGGCGUCGGAGCUGCGGCGCCUGGAGGCGGAGAAUCGCGAGCUGCGCACGGAGAUCGGGCAGGAGCGCUUCAGGUCCCAGCAGCUGCUCAAGCAGCGCGAGCAGGCCCUGCAGGCCCACCAGCGGGACCUGCAGGCGCGCCAGGCGGAGGCGCCGCCGCCGUGGGGCCUGCUGAUGUUAUUGCCGGUGCCAGCAGUUCGUUUUGAACCCUGGGGCGAGGAGCCCAACAGCAAAGACGUGAGGACUGCACGGGCGGCGAUUGUGGAAGCAACUUUCUAACAUUAACGAUGACGAAAGACAUUCUUCUAUGCCGCGGCCAACCAAUACCAGCAAGGAGCGUCAUAACGAAUUCGCAAUACUUAGGCAACUUAAACGUGCGUGUGCUUAAGUAGUCGGCGAUAUGAUCCCGAUAAUCGCACCACCACGCUUUUAACGAGUUGCGUAUCUAAAUUAAAUUUGGG